AUGUUUAUGGGGAAAUGUAUAGCAGUAGUAUUUUUAUUUGCUGGUGUUAAUUUAGCUGUUGUGAUAUCUCCAGAAGAAAAUUUGAUUAUGAGUAAACAGGAAAGAGCUAUUGAUGCCAGAACUAUGUUAUCUACCUUUGUGGGAAAUUUGAUGUCUAGGAGUUAUUCAAACGGGAAUGGAUCUCAAAUUAUUUCUGUGAAUCUAACUAAUUUAUUGGUAUUGAUACUAUUGAAAGCCCUAAUUUUUGCGGCUGGUACAUUAGGAGUUGGAUCUCCUGGCAAUAAUGGUUGCCUCCAAUAUGUUGUUUGUCAAAAUCCUCAAUUCGCGAUGAAAUACAAAAAUGCUGGCGAUGCAAUUUUACAAACAACGAAGAUGUUAGACCUCAAUGCCGAUCCACGCUAUGAAUACAUAAUGGGGGAAGUACAAGAAGCGAUAGAGUGGGGGGAAGCUAAGAAAGAGUGCAGUCGGUUUGAAUGCAACCCUGAAAGACAAUAA